AUGGAAGCUGGAUUGAGCUCAGCCGGCUGUGCCGUAACCCUCUGCAUUGUUGUGGUCAGCAGUGCAUGUUGGUGGCUUCGUGAUACGAUGGUGCUGGCUGUCGCGAUGACGCUGCUGAGGAUGCUGUGCUGCAAAGGCCGUCGUGCCAGAGGACAGCUGACGGGUCUUGUUUUCCCCAUUUGUGUGGAAGACUUGACGUCACCCUCUGGAGCGGCUCUGCUCACCAAAAUACUUCAGCACGGACAGCACCUGCCACAUGACGUGGUUGUGACAUCUGUGCGAAACCUGCAGAAGAACGUUCGCGAUGGGGUCAAGGGCGACAAGGCUGUUCUGGAAGUCACCUAUUCUGCGAACGUCGACCUGCCAACCCACUUUUUCUUAAAGUGCAAUCUGCAAAGACUUGGUGCCAUGCGGCUGCUGGUCGCGACAUCCGACGUGUGCAUGUGCGAAGCACUUUUCUAUCAUUACUUAGCGCCCGAGACCAAAGAUUGUCUCCGAACUCCCAAGUGCUACUUCGUUGACUUCAACUCCACCACAGGUGAGUUCUGCCUGCUGACGGAGGUCUUAGACUUUGGAGGGAAGCUUCUCCCUCUGAAGCAUCGAAUUCGGGAUGCAGCAACAAUGGAGGAGCAGCUCCUGUUCAUAGAGACGGGUGCGAGACUGCAUGCACGCUCUUGGUCCUGGAUCGACAGCUGCAAUGCUGCGCUGAAACAGAUUCCCCAUUUUCACGACACACACCGCCAGAUGUGGCUCCUUUGCAUGGCCAGUGGUUGCAUGGGCCUGAAGUACACUGUGCGGAAGACGGUGAAGGGCAAGCGCCUAAACCCCGAGUGGAUGACGUGGAGCUGCCCCACCGACUUGGUUGGAAAGGAGUGGCAGCUGAUCUGGGACAUGGCUGACAUCCUCACAAGCCUAUCGCUUGAAAAGGACAUGGCAGCGUUUGGCCACAACGAUCUCACCACCGACAAUGCAUUCUACUGGCAGGAGGAUGGAGGUAAACGACUGUCAGUGGGGUUGUUCGAUUGGCAGCAAAGCUGUAUGAACAACAUUGGUCAAGAGUGGGCUUGGAACUGGCAUUUUUUGGAGCCGGAAUUCCUUGACAAGAACGAGGAAGCCAUGAUCACGGCCUUGCUCUCGGCCUACUCCAAGCUGGGUCGAUCCAUCUCGCGCAAGAAAUUCUUGAGGGCCUACACCCUGGGGACUAUUCAGAUGUUUGUCUUCGGGGGCGGUGGCCUUCAGCUGCUCAUGAAAGACUUGGAGGCAAAGGGGAUCUUCCAGACGCUCGUUCCCAACGAUCCCCGCAGUGGCCCCGAUGGCCCUGGAUCCGAGGAUCAGCUCUGA